AUGCGCUUACCAACUGGAUAUUCAUUUCCGUCGACGUAUGAUUUCAUCAUUCUGUCUGGGUUGGAGUUUCUUCUUGUGGAGCACGGCUUCCUCGUUAACCUCGAUGAACAAGAGGAUUCCAGGCGGAACUUGAACGUGUUUGGUCUUCUGAAUGAUAAAGAGAAAUCGAUUGAAGAUGAAAGUUCACCGCGGAACUACGCCUUCGAUCUUCUGAAUGACGGCGAAGAUGAACAUGACCAUGCACCAGAAGAGGAGGAGCCUAAACUCGAAUCGGAAUCUGAAGCAGUGCCCAGCCAUUUGCCCGUUGCCCAUUGCCCAUUGCCCAUUAUCUUGGAAGCGUCUUAG